AUGGCCUUGAUUUGGAGCUCCCCCUCUCGUCUUCUCCUCCUUGGCCUCCUGUCCCUCCUCCACCCUUUCACCAUCCCGGCCGGAAGUAUUCGUGUCGGCACGGUUGUCCGUAAACCCUCCCCGGAGAUUCCCAUUUUCCGGGAAGCCCCCUCUUUUCGUAAUGGCGAUGGUUGUGGAUUACACGAGACCGAUAUUAUUCAUGUGGCCAUGACCUUAGACGUUAAUUAUCUUCGAGGUACAAUGGCAGCGGUGCUCUCAAUGCUGCAACAUUCUACAUGUCCUGAAAAUUUGUCAUUCCAUUUCCUUUUCGUUCGUUAUCAACCUGAGCUCUUUUCCAGCAUAAAUUCUACCUUCCCUUUCUUGAACUUCAAGAUUUAUAGGUUCGACUCUAAGCGAGUUCGAGGAAAGAUUUCUAGGUCCAUUCGAAAAGCUUUGGAUCAACCUUUAAAUUAUGCGAGAAUUUAUCUUGCUGACAUAAUACCACCCCAUGUAAGAAGGGUUAUUUACUUGGAUUCUGACAUUAUCGUGGUGGAUGAUAUUGCAAAAUUAUGGGAUGUAGACAUGGAGGAUAAGGUGGUGGCUGCACCAGAAUAUUGCCAUGCAAAUUUCAGUCAGUACUUUACCGACACAUUUUGGUCGGACCCAGAAAUGGCAAAAACAUUUGAAGGAAGGAAUCCUUGUUAUUUUAACACAGGAGUGAUGGUGGUGGACGUAGAUAAAUGGAGAAAAGGAGAGUAUUCGCAAAAAGUUGAGGAAUGGAUGGCAGUACAGAAACAAAAGAGGAUAUACCAACUGGGUUCUUUGCCUCCAUUUUUGCUUGUUUUCGCCGGAAACAUUAAGGCAGUGGAUCACAGGUGGAACCAACAUGGCCUAGGUGGUGAUAACUUUCAAGGGAAAUGUAGGAGCCUUCAUCCUGGUCCAAUUAGCCUUCUCCAUUGGAGUGGCAAGGGUAAACCAUGGCUGAGGUUAGAUUCUAGAAAGCCAUGCAUUGUUGAUCAUUUGUGGGCUCCGUAUGAUCUCUACCGUUCAUCAAUAAAUUACUUGGAAGAAUAG